AUGGGCUACGCCGAGGCCAUGGCGAAGAUCGGCAUGCGCAUGACGAAGACGAACCUCGCGCGGGCCGAGGCGAAUCCCAAGGUGACGAUCACGACGCCCAAGGCCGAGCCCAAGGCCGACGACGGCGCCGCCGCGGCGCCGCGGCCCACGGCGUCGAGCCCGGGCCCGAAGGCGCCGAGCACGCCGAGCGUCGUCGGCAAGCUGCUCCGCGGCGCGGACCGCGUGGGCCGCGCGUCGACGGCCCAGGCCGUGCGCGAGUUCCACCUCAAGAAGGAGAUGAUGGACUUCGCCGAGGACCAGUACGCGCUGGCGGAGACGCACGGCGACCAGCGGGGCAAGGCGCAGCGCCUCUCCGUGCGGCUCCAGGGCUCGGAGCACCUCGCCGUCGGCGGCGCCAAGAGCCCCCGCGAGGCCCCGUCGUCGCCCGCGGCCGGCGCGGCCGACGACAAGCUCGAGGCCGCGCUGCUGCAGCUCCGCGACGUCGCGUCGGACGCGAAGCUCCUGCGGGGCGAGCACGUCGCGGAGCACCAGCGGGCGUUGACCACGGCCAGCGGCGUCGAGCUGCUGCCCCACCGCUUCUGCUUCUCCGAGGAGCCGCCGCUCGCGAACGAGAUGCACAUCGUCACGCCCGGCGUCGGCGAGUGGUACGCGAUCCGCCUGCUGCGGAGACCGUCGCACCCCGUGCGCGUGAACAUGGCGUCGCGGUCCGACUCCAUCCUCAUCGAGCCGCCGUCCGUGGCCUUCGCGGGCGACGGCUGGGCCGAGCCCAAGCACGUCUACGCGCGGCCGUCGUGGGACGAGCUCCGCGUGGCGACGCACGUCGUCCGCAUCUGGCACUACGUCGUCAGCGACGACGCGACCUUCCACAACGCGCGCGUGCCGCCCCUGCCCGUGCACUGCUACAAGACCGCGAGCCCGAACGUGCUCACGUUCGGCAACGACGACGACGGGCAGCUCGGCUCGCUGAACCGCAUCUACCCGAAGCUCGACGACUACAACCAGAUCGAGCUCCCCCACGAGCUGUCCCGCGCCUUCCUCGACGCCCACCGCGCGGCGCUCGACGGCCUCGACGAGCAGGACCGCGCGAAGGCGGGCGUCCGCGACUACACCCGCCACGCGCACCACCGCGCGCACGCCGAGGGCAUCGCCGCGGACGGCGGCGCGUCGCCGACGUCGCCGUCGAAGGACGCCGCCGGCGGCCUCACGCUGAGCCGCAAGCAGGCGCGGGCCAUGCGCAGGGCCUUCCAGGAGCUCGACCCGGAUUCGACGAACGCGGCGUACAUCUCGUCCGACAGCGACGUGCCCCCGGACGGCCCGGCCUUCCGGCGCUACGUCGCCGUGCGCCUCGGCCACCGCCACGACGAGAAGCACGCGACGCGCCAGGGCGACGGCCACAAGGUCCUCGACAUGGCCGCGGGCGGGUCGCACAGCGUCUUGGCGUGCUACGACGGCAACGUCUACGCGUGCGGCGCGAACGACGAGGGCCAGCUCGGCGUCGGCGACCUCGUCCCGCGCAAGCUGCCGACGCUCGUCGAGUUCCCGCGCGACGAGGACGUCGACGAGGGGCCCCUCUACCAGUCCAUCGCGAAGCACCACGACCGGCUCUUCACGGAGCGCGUCGUCGUCGUCGCCGUCGCCUGCGGCUGGCGCCACAGCGCGGCCAUCUCGACGAACGGCGCCUGCUUCGUCUGGGGCGAGAACAGCAACGGCAAGCUCGGGCUGGGCAGGGACGUGCCGCGCGCGGAGCGGCCGACGCGCGUCUUGGGCGGCGUGCUCGACGGCGUCCUGGUCCUGCACGUCGCCUGCGGCACGGAGCACACGCUCUGCGGCGGCGUGGACCACGACGACUCGCGGAGCUUCGGCCUCUACGCCUGGGGCCACCGCAUCAACGGCGCGCUCGGCGUGCCGACGACGUUCCGGACCGACGGCGCGACGCGUACCGAGGCCCACGACAUGUCGGACCUCGUGCCCCUCUACGAGCCCGUGCUCGUGCCCGGGUCGCGGGGCGUGCCCGUGCGCCAGCUCGCCUGCGGCACGUUCCACUCGGCGUUCGUCGACGGCGACGGCCGCCUGCUGACGUGCGGCCUCGGCGACAGCGGCCAGCUCGGCCGCGACCUGCGGCGCGUCGCCGCGGACCCCGUCGACGGGACCCCGAACCGGGCGCGGGCCGACGCGCGGGCGUUCACCUUCGGGCCCGUGCUCCUGCCGCGGCGGUCGCGGCUCGGGGCCGCGCGGCUCCGGUGCCUUAGGGUGGCGUGCGGCGGCAACCACACGGUGCUGCUGAGCUCGUCCCACGAGGUCUUCAGCUUCGGAAAGGGAUCGUCGGGCCAGCUCGGCACGGCGGAGCUCGAGCACCGCGCCGCGCCCGCGCGCCUCGACGCGCUUUUAGACAAGGGCGUCAUCGGCAUCGCGGCCGGCGCGUCGUUCUCCGCGGCCUGGACGGAGAGCGGCCACACCUACGUCUGGGGCGAGGCGACGGCGGGCCAGCUCGGCCACGCCAAGGAGCACCACACGUCGUCGAACGUCAUGCCGCUGCCGAACUUGGUGCCGAUUUUGUCGUACGCGCGGUGCCGCUCUUUAGCCUUUGGCGGGUCCCACACGCUCGCGCUCACGGAGCACGACACGGUGACCGUGAAGCGCAUGGUGUCCAACUCGCGCGCCUUCUUCAACGACUUCCGGGGCCACGCGCGGCUCCACCGCCACGUCGCCGCGGAGCGGAAGCUCCGCGACGCGCAGCGCGACACGCGGCACCGCGACCGCGCCGCGCGGCGCACCUUGGCGAUCGCCGGCGCCGAGGCGCCGGGGCCCGACGACGCCAAGGCGCGGUCGCGCGACGCGGCCCGGGAGCUCCGGUCCGCGGCGGCGCACUACCGCGCGGACCGAAGGGUCUGGACGAAGCGCUUCAAGCUUUUGAAGCUCGUGUCCUACGUCGACGGCGAGCUCAUCGUGAACCGGCGCGCGCAGACCAAGGUGCUCGCCGCCGUCGGCGAGGCGCGGCUCGUGAAGAUUUUGCGGGUCGGGCCGCCGAAGGAGGCGUACCUGCCCUACAAAGCCCCCGCGGACGCGCCCGACGCCGCGAGCGUCGACGCCGUCGUCGCGGCGCCGCGCGACGAGGCGCCGGCCUUCGACGAGCGGCGCCGCAAGGACGAGGCGCGCGCGCGGCAGCGCGCCGCGAACCGCGCGAAGCGCCUCGAGGCGCGGCGCGCCGUGCGCGACGCCGCGCGCCUCGACGUCGACGACAUGCGCCGCGCCAAGUGCGCGCUCCACGAGCACUGGGACGCGACGCGGCCCUCGCAGCGGAAGCUGCCCUCGGCCCACGGCGUCUACCCCGUGACGGGCCUCGUGAACCGGGGCGGCCAGGACGGCCUGCGCUUCGCCGUCGGCGCCUUGUUCGAUUUCGUGGGCGCCGCGGGGCUCUACGCGCUCCGCGUGACGUCGUCGCAGCUCCGGGCGACGUACGACAGCGAGCUGCUCGGCUACGUCGAGACGCUGCUCUGGGACCGCAAGGAGUGGGCGCGGCGCGGCCGCGCGUCGCCGGGCACCGGCGACGCGUCGCCGGCGUCGCCGGCGUCGCCGGUGAAGGGCGCCGCGGCGCCGCCGCCGGGCGGCCAGCGGCGGCUGCUGAGGGGAACGUUCCACGCGAAGCGCAUGAUGGGCAACGCGCGCUUCCUCGACAUGAUGCAGCGCACGGGCAACAACCGCACGACCUACCGGCCGCGCCUGUCCCUCGGGCCCAAGCCCGCGCGCGCGCCCCGCGGCGGCCCCGCCGCGCCGGCAACGCAAGAGUCGCGCGUCGAGUACCGCGGCGCCGCGCGGCCCCCGGCGGGCGCGCCGCGCAAGGAGAGCGUGCGGAGCCGCAUCACGCGCCGCAUCCAGACCGUCUACACGCGCGCGGAGGCCGGCCGCGCGCCCCGGCGGAGCGACGCGGGCGCGGGCGCGGCGUCCGAGUCCGACGGCGAGUCGUCGUCGUCGUCGUCGGCGGAGACGCCGGCGCGGCCGGCGUCGGCGGCGCCGGCCCGCGGGGCGACGCGCCGCUUCCGCGACGACGUCCGCGAGGGGCUCCGGGCCGCCGCCGCCGGCGCGCCGCCGCCGGGCGACGACGGCGCCGCGGAGGCCGUCGACUGCGCCUACGAGGCCUUCCACGUCGCCGCGGCCGCGCGGCCCAAGCGGCGGCCGGACUCGGCGCCGCCCGGCGGCAAGCGGCGCCCGGGGAAGCGCGCCGCGAAAAGGCCGAAGUCCGCGCCGCGCAAGGCGCCCGCGCGCUGGGUCGGCGCGGGCGGGCCCAAGCCCCGGCCGCCGCCGGCGGCCGCGCCGGCGGCCGCGCGGCCCCCGCGGCCCAAGCCCGCGCGGCGGCGGCCGCCGCCCGCGGAGGCGCCCGCGCGCGACGCCGACGGCCUCGCGGGCGACGGCGGCGCGGCCUUCGACGCGGCCGCCGGCGCCUUCGUCGCGCCCGUCGGCGCCGCCGCGGCCUUCGUCGAGGUGCCGCCGGCGCCGGCGCCCGCCGCCGAGGCGCCCGCGCCCGCGCGCGAGGCGCCCGCGCCGCGCGACCCCGACCUCUACGCGGGCGCGGCCGUGACCGCGCGGCCCCUCUACGCCGUCGACGCCUCCGUCCUCCGCCGGCCCGAGGCGCCCGCGGCCCGCGCCGCCGACGAGGUCCACGCGGCGAAGCUGCGCCUCGUCGUCGCCAAGAAGAAGGCCGCCGACGCGCGGCGCCACGGCCGGGACGUCCUCGACGUGUCGCCCUACGUCGCCGGGCCGCCGGGCAAGGGCCACGCCGGCAACCCCUGGCAGCUCGGGGCCUUCUCCUUUUAA